AUGAAGAAGUUUGUACUGAAGUUGGAUUUGCAUGAUGACAGAGCCAAGCAUAAGGCCCUGAAAACAGUCUCUACUCUUUCAGGCAUUGAUUCCAUCUCCAUGGACAUGAAGGAGAAGAAAUUAACGGUGAUCGGAAGUGUCGACCCGGUGAAUGUGGUGAGCAAAUUGCGCAAGUAUUGGCAAACAGAUAUACUCUCAGUAGGACCAGCAGUAGAGCCUAAGAAAGAGGAACCAAAGAAGGAAGAACCCAAGAAAGAAGAAGAAGCAAAGAAGGAGGAACCCAAGAAAGAAGAAGCAAAGAAGGAGGAACCCAAGAAAGAAGAAGCAAAGAAGGAAGAGGAACCAAAGAAGGAGGAACCAAAGAAGGAGGAGCCAAAGAAAGAGCCAGAUCCUGUCUUAGAGCUUGUUAAGGCUUACAAAGCAUACAACCCCCACCUGACCACAUAUUACUAUGUGCAAAGCAUGGAAGAGAAUCCAAAUGCUUGUGUUAUUUGCUAA